AUGGACGGAGGAGCCGCCUUCCCGGGCACGCCGCCGGUCCCGCGCUCGCCGGAGGACGUCUUCCGGGACUACCGCGCGCGCCAGGCCGGCCUGAUCAGGGCGCUCACCACCGGUAAUGCCCGCAUCUCCCUCGCUUGUGCGUUCCUCUCUCUCUCCCCCUCCGUCUCCGAGUUCUGUGCUGACUGGUUUGCCGCUGUCGCUGCAGAUGUGGAGAAGUUCUACGUGAUGUGCGACCCAGAGAAGGAGAACCUAUGUUUAUAUGGACUUCCCAAUGAGACAUGGGAAGUGAACUUGCCUGCUGAGGAGGUCCCUCCUGAACUCCCAGAGCCAGCUCUGGGAAUUAACUUUGCUCGUGAUGGGAUGAAUGAAAAAGAUUGGCUAUCACUUGUUGCAGUGCAUAGUGAUUCUUGGCUAAUGUCUGUUGCAUUUUAUUUUGGAGCAAGGUUUGGAUUCGACAAGGAAUCCAGGAAACGUCUCUUCACCAUGAUCAAUAACCUUCCCAGCAUAUAUGAAGUUGUCACAGGAACUGCCAAGAAAGAGCCCAAAGAAAAAACUCCUAAAAGCAACAAUAAGACUAACAAAUCUGGCUCAAAGCCCUCACGCCAGGCGGAACCCAACUCAAGGGUCCCAAAGAUGCCACCUCCCAAGGACGAGGAGGAGAGUGAAGGGGAGGAAGGGGAACCACAGGAAGACCAUGAGACUGCGCUGUGCGGCGCAUGUGGCCUAGGUUAUGACGACUUCUGGAUCUGCUGCGACUUAUGCGAGACAUGGUUCCACGGCAAGUGUGUCAAGAUCACCCCUGCUAAAGCAGAGCACAUCAAGCAGUAUAAGUGCCCCUCCUGCACAGGAAGCAAGAGGGCCAAGGCUUGA